AUGUCGGAAAACGACUCAGCCUCAGGCGCGCGCCGUUCGCCUCCUCGGCCGCGACUUCCUUUGCGGCUUUCCGCGCUUCUGCUUCUGGGCUUCUCCUGCUUCCUGUGUCUCUCGUCUGUCUCGCGCGCCUCUGGGUCCGAGGCCGAGUUCUCCGCUCGCGGCUCAGAGGGGUACACCGACAGCCUCGCAUAUGCGGAGCGUCUGUCGCUGAAAGCUCGUGAAAAGAAGGCCAGUUCUCCGACCAAGCUGGGGCACUCGGUGGCCGAGUCCGAGUCUGCAGCAGGCAGGGGGAAGCACCCACGACGAGACAAGCACCGGGAGCAAGCAGGCGCGGCCGCGGACGAGAAGGAGAGGCCGAGUACCGCACGACAACAAAGAGAAGAAGAAGCAGAAGACACAGAGGCGGAGCUCGCAGAAGACGUCGGUGCCGCAGACGCAGAACAGAAGAGAGCAAACGCAGAGGACGAGGUGAGAGUAGAGGACCUGGACGGACCGUCGCCUCCGAUGACUCGUGACUAUGUUCCACGAAUCUCAAACCCAUUUUUUGGUCAGUACUCGCGCAUCACGAAAGGCAAACAUCUCAUCUAUCCCUCUGGACUCCCCUACGUCUACGAUGCUGUCACACCUCCCUCUUCUUCCUCUGCCUCUGCCUCUGCCCCCGCUUCCUCCGCUCAAGGCGCAACGGGGCGCUGUGCGUUUUUCCUCUAUGUACAUCCGUUAUAUCCGACGUACACGAACUCCGGAGACCCAACGCGGGUGCCUGGGCCGAACGGCGGCGCCUACGAGUCUGCAAGUACGCUGUGGUACUGGCAGCUGCGCGAGUUGAAGCGCCGAGGAGAACACGAUGCGGUUGUGCUCUUCUUUCCUCACUUCCACCCCCGGAUGCUGUCUGUUGGGCGCCGCGUCAAGGCGCGGAGCGAGCGCGCGAGCGCGAAGAUGUCCACGGCGCAGGGUGUUCGACAGCACGCAGGCUGGCUGGCGAGUCAGACGCGCGCCGUUCUGCAGUGGCUGGUCGAAGCGACUCCGGACGACGGCGAAGAGAGACGAAGACCGGAGCUGCGCGGCCCGGCGAGCACGGAGUCCGUUGGGGACCUGCCGCAGAAGACGGAGGUGCAGCCUGGGGACGAGGAAGUCGCAGACGAGGACGACGACGCGGGGGGCCUGCUGAGGGCCGCAGGACUCCUGGACUUGCAGGCGAAGUGUCGCGACUGGGAACUCUUCUUUCUCGGGUGGGGGACAGGGGGUUUGUCUCUGCGGGCGAUGCUCUCCCUUGGCCUCCUCCUGUGGACGAACAAGGAAGAGUGGCUGGAGGAGGUGCUCAGACUGCAUGCGUUCUUCGAUCGCUGGGGCGCUACAAGGGAGCGGGAGUCAGAGAGCUCCGAAGACGAAGCCGCGGAGCUUCCCAACUCUUCGCGCAGAGAUCCGCCGCUCCACGCAGCGUUUCCGUCCACGAAGUCCCGAACGCUCGGAAGCCGACCGGAGCCCGACGCCUCAAAAGGCGAGUCCGAGGCGCGACGUGGAAGCAGUCAAGAGUCGCAGCCGUUAGCGGCGGAUCCCGGCGCGGAGGCAAGCGCGUCGACGGCGGGGACGCCAGACGCCGCGAGCUUUGAAGGGCCGCCUGCCCGCGAGGUGCGAGUGCACCUGCGGACGGCCAGUUUCAUCGGAGUUCCACACGGUGGAGUCGGCAGCCGAGUGGGGAAGAAUGUCGGAAUCGAGAAACUCGGGUGGACAAAGUGGGUGUUCAGUUUUGUGCCGCAGGGACUCCUCCGACUGCUCGGAAACACGACAUACCGCCAAGAGUUGCUGCAUGUCGACCCAGACCGCGUCCUCUGUUCGCUCGCCCAGGAGGAGAAGCAGAACUACAGCUUCGCGGCGCGCGAAGGUUCGCUCCUCUCCUACUUCGACACGGUGCUCUUCUACGGCUUCCUCAACACCAAGUUCGACUUCCCGACGCUGAGUCAGCUGGGCCUCAGCGAGGAGUUGCUUCUGACCUCUGAAGCGGCCGAGCUGCUGCAGCACAAUCUGGCGGCCCAGAGUCGGUUCUUCUUCGUGGACAUGAGGCAGACGACGCUCAACAAAGUCGACGUCAUGACAUCGCCGCGGUUCGCCCCUCUGAUCCUCGACCGAACUGCCUGCGGCACGCUGUCUCCGCGGAACGUCUACAGCUUCGUGCUCAGGGUGCUGGAGGUCGUCAACGGACGGCAAACACCCCGGCGCUUCCUGCCGCGGCGGUACGUCGCCCUCAAAGGCAGCAACUUCUACGAUACGCCCGACGACGCGUCCUCGUGGACGCGACUGCUGAGACACAAACGGAAACACGAAAACGCCGCAGCCGCCAGAUUCGUGUACCUACACCAGGCAGUGCGCAUGAUGCAGCAUGCAGACGCCCAAGACUUCCCCUUCGACGACGACCGGCAUGACGCCAUCGCGGGAGCUUGGUUCUACCGCAGAGCGUAG